AUGAAGAAACUAAACAUGCGCAGUACCAGCGACCGCAGGUACACCAUGGCGAGCGGAUACGUCCCCCAGAUUGACAAGAUGGCCGGGAUGACUCCCACGGAGCGCCGCGAGUUCUGCGACACCCCCGAGAUCGCUGCCGAUGCUUCUUCUGUCAAACCGCCGAGCACCACCGCCAAGUACGACAGCAAUGUCUCGAUGAACACCUAUCCCGCUGCCGAAGACGGUGUCGCGGAGCAGGCCAAGGGUCCGGCUGAUAUGGAGGGCUUGACUGUUGUGUGGACCAAGAAAUGGCUCAUUGCCGCUUAUGCUGCGAUCAUGCUCAUUUCUUUCGUCAACUCUCUCCAACAACAAACCAACUUCUCAUGGCGACCCUACGUCACCUCGGCCUUCAUGAUGCACGGUCUUACGGCUAUCACCGAUAUCGUUGCGAACAUUGUCGGAGGUGUAUCGAAGCUUCCGCUGGCCAAGUUUAUUGAUAUCGUUGGACGACCUCAUGGCUUUCUUCUUUGUUUGAUGUUCAUCGUCGCUUCGCUCAUUCUCAUGGCUCUUUGCCAAAACGUCCAGACCUUUUGCGCUGCGCAAGUCAUCUACUGGACAGGCAUGAACGGCGUCGAUUACAUCUUCAACAUUUUCAUCGCCGAUACCGCGCUUAUGCAGAACCGCUUGAUCUGGAUGGCGUUCACUGGAUUCCCCUACGUUGUCAACACCUUCGCUGGUCCCAAGCUUGGUGAAACCUGGCUCAACCACAGCACUUGGCGUUGGGGCUAUGGAUCUUUCGCUAUCAUGACACCAGUCUUCUCCAUAUCCUUCUGGCUCGUCUUCUGGCUCAUGGGUAGACGAGCAAGAAAGAUGGGCGUCAUCUCGCGCGAGCCGAGCGGCAGGACGGUCUGGCAGAGCACCAAGCACUGGUGUACUGAAUUUGACGUAAUCGGGGUCAUACUCAUCACCGGCGGAUUCUCCCUGCUUCUUCUUCCGUGGCCUCUUGCAGUCUACCAGAAGGAUGGCUUCGGCUCUCCAAUGUUUAUAUGCAUGGUCAGCUUCGGAAUCUGCCUCAUCCUACUCUUCGUGGCCUGGGAACGUUACUACGCUAGCCAUGCCCUCUUCCCAUACUACCUCAUGAAGAACCGCUCGAUCAUCGCGGCAUGCCUGCUCGGUUGCAACUCCUGGAUCGCUUUUUAG